UAUCGUAAUAAAAUCAAAAACGAGUGAGAGAAACAGAAAUAAAGUCGAACCGGGGCUCAUCUCUAUCUCAUGACCUGCCUCUGCAACUCUCAUGGACUCCUCCAACGCCCCACCUUCAGCUAAUGGUCCUCCCCCAAAACCGUGGGAGAGAGCAGGCUCAUCAUCGGGUCCUGCACCUUUCAAACCCCCAUCAGCUGGAAGCACAAGUGAUGUAGUGGAGGCUUCAGGAACUGCUAGACCUGGAGAAAUAGUAUCAAGUGCUGACAGAAGUACCCCUAAUAAUAGAAAUACUCUCGGUAGGCCUGUUCCCUCUAGGCCUUGGGAGCAGAACUAUGGAAGUAGCAACACUUAUGGAGGAUAUGAUUCUACUACAAACUAUAACACAGGUUAUGGAACUGGAAUGUCCGGAGUGACUGGAAUGUCUGGGACGUAUGGUUCUUAUGGUGGAACUGGAGGAUUAUAUGGUGGAACUGGAGGACUAUAUGGAGGAGGGAUGUAUGGCAACAGCAUGUAUAGGGGAGGGUAUGGUGGGGCAGGUGGGCUUUAUGGUGGGUCAUCUGGGAUGUAUGGAGCUGGGUCGAUGUAUGGAGGUGGAAUGUACAAUAGUGGUAUGGGAGGCCCAAUGGGUGGUUAUGGAAUGGGCAUGGGUGGUCCUUAUGGAGGUCAAGAUCCAAAUGAUCCAUACGGUGCUCCUCCAUCUGCGCCAGGGUUUUGGGUUUCCGCACUCCAUGUGCUGCAAGGUGUGGUAAGCUUUUUCGGUCGGAUUGCAAUUCUGAUAGACCAAAACACCCAGGCUUUCCACUUGUUCAUGACCGCUCUACUUCAGCUUUUUGAUCGCUCUGGUCUAUUAUACGGUGAGCUAGCUAGGUUUGUAUUGAGGAUAUUGGGAGUCAGAACAAAACCCAAGAUGGGCCCUCCAUCAGGUCCCAAUGGGCUCCCGUUCCAUGGGCCAAACGGUGCACCUGAGAACCGAAACUAUAUCGAGGGACCAAAGGCCGCUCCUAGUGGCUCCUGGGAUAAUGUUUGGGGAAAUGAUACCAGUAAAUGAUGAGGUAAUACAAAUUAUUGUCAUUUGAUUGGCUUGUGAAUCUUUGCUCCCAUUCAGAGAAACAGAAGAAAGACGGAAAUGUCACUCGACUCCUCAUUUUUAGUGAAAACCUGUGCGAAUUUGUUCGUAGGAGUCAAUUAAUCUCUGCAACUCAUACCAAAGCCGGUUUGUGGGUUAUUAGAUGGACAAGGAAGUGCAGGAAAAUAAUGUAUGGUAAAGCUUUGUAUCAUGGAUUUGAAAAAGAUAAGUUGCAGUCUAAAAGUUGGUUUGUAUUUGAUUAUAUUCAUACCAGCCUGAUUCUGCCUUUUAUGCAUAUAUUACAGACUUUUACAAUAAAUAUCGUUCUUAACUUC